AUGGCUAAUAAACUUCACGAUAAUGUGUCCCGAGUGAAGAAAUUUAAUGUUCUCGGGACAGCCACUUUCAUUGGUCUUCGCGCAGCAGAUGUCGCUUUUCAGUACGUUCUCCUCAAUGACGGAUGGGCAUCACGACUGGUGCAAGCUGUUGGCGGACGAUCCGUGGAAUUGGCACGACUAAAGUCAGAUGGGGGAGGGCUACAACCGUAUUACACAAUCAUUGCUAUGAUGGCCCUCGGUAGCAGCUUGAAGCAGAUCAUAACAAUACUUGUCGUGUCGGAGCAGGACAUGCCGGUAUCAUCGGCCGUUGUAAUUGCUCUAUUCAACACUAUAUUUAACUCCAUCAAUACGUUGUUGUCGGUUUUGGAUGUUACCUCAGGAUCUCCACCCACAGCUGCUUCUAUCCUCAUGUCGCCUUCGGUUGUCGCUGGUCUCGGAUUCUACGUCGUCGGCAUUUCCGUUGAGCUGCUCUCAGAGCUGCAACGCACAGCUUUCAAGAAGAACUCCGCCAACAAAGGCAAGCCUUACGCUGGCGGCUUGUUUUCCCUUGCCAGACAUAUCAACUAUGGCGCCUAUACCAUUUGGAGGGCAUUCUAUGCCUACACCUCCGGGGGCGGACUGUGGGGUGUUAGUGUCGGCCUAUUCUUCUUUUACGAUUUUGCGUUUCGCGGGGUGCCAAUUUUGGACGAAUACCUUUUGCAAAGAUAUGGCAGCCAAUGGACCGCGAUUAAAGCCCGUGUUUCAUAUAAGUUAAUCCCCGGCAUUUAUUGA